AUGGCUACAGGUGCUGCAACAAACGCGUCAGCCCCUACGAAGCAAAAGUCUAAGGCAUAUCUUUCUAGUGUUGCUAUCCAGAGUGAUGCGAUCAAGUAUCGCCAAAAGUACAAGGAGCUAAAGCGGAAGGUAUACGAGAUCGAAAUGGUUAGUGUCACCAGUACUCACCCUAGGAAAAUGACAAGCUACAAGCCACCACCCUGCGCAUCAAGGGAAAUAUUCAGCGUCUGCGUUUGGAGCGAGCGUACUAUUCUCUAUGAACGUCUUGAGGCCGACAUGCGAGAUGCGCCAGUCAAGCCGAGCGCUAUCGACCCCGUGCGAGAAGCAAAGGAAAGCACAGAGAAAAUGGAGCCAAAAGAAUCGGAUGUGACAGAAGAACCGGCCUCUAAAGCGGAGGAUGAUGCCAUAACUUCUGAGCUCGAACAAACCUUGUAA